AUGGCGGCCGCGCCCCAGUCGCGUCCUCGUGUCACGCUGCUCUCUUGCAGGCGACGCCGGCCACACCGCGAGGGACGCAAUGCGACGGCCCCAGCGGCUCCGCAGCUCCGGCCCGACACCAGCUGGCUCCAGUUCCAGCUCGGCAUCAGCCGCGAUGGGCUCUACCCGCACGGCAGCGCCGCAGUGGAGCAGCUCCUGCGCGAUAUGCAGGUUCUGAGCACCGUCAGCGCGGACUACAGCCAGGACGAGAAGGCUCUGCUGGGGGCCUGCGACUGCGCCCAGAUUGUCAAGCCCAGCGGCGUCCACCUGAAGCUGGUCCUGAGGCUGCAGGACUUUGGCAAGACCAUGUUCAAGCCCAUGAGGCAGAAGCGGGACGAGGAGACUCCCGAGGACUUCUUCUACUUUGUGGACUUCCAGAGGCACAACGCAGAAAUUGCUGCCUUCCACCUUGACAGGAUCCUGGAUUUCCGGCGUGUCCCCCCCACUGUUGGAAGGUUAAUCAAUGUCACCAAGGAGAUCCUGGAGGUCACCAAGAAUGAAGUCCUGCAGAGUGUCUUCUUCGUCUCUCCGGCCAGCAACGUGUGCUUCUUCGCCAAGUGCCCCUACAUGUGCAAGACCGAGUACGCGGUGUGCGGGAACCCUCACCUCCUCGAAGGCUCCCUCUCCGCCUUCCUGCCCUCCCUCAACCUGGCACCGCGGCUCUCCAUCCCAAACCCCUGGAUCCGCUCCUACUCGUUUGAUGGAAAAGAAGAGUGGGAAGUGAACCCGCUCUACUGCAACACGGUGAGGGAGAUCUACCCCUACAGCAACAGCAACCGGCUGCUCAACAUCAUCGACAUGGCCGUGUUUGACUUCCUAAUAGGGAACAUGGACCGUCACCACUAUGAAAUGUUCACCAAGUUUGGGGACGAUGGCUUCCUUCUGCACCUGGACAAUGCCAGGGGAUUCGGGCGACAUUCCCAUGACGAAAUAUCCAUCCUGGCGCCGCUCUCCCAGUGCUGCAUAAUCAAGCGGACGACGCUGUUACGGCUCCAGCUCCUGGCUCAGCCUGAGUACCGGCUCAGCGAUGUCAUGCGGGAGUCCCUCCUGCAGGACCCCCUGGCACCCAUCCUCACUGAACCCCAUCUCCUGGCUCUGGACAGGCGGCUCCAACUGGUCCUCAAAGCCGUGAGGAUAUGCAUAGACACCCAUGGAGAAGGCAAGGUGGUGGCCAACGACACCACACAGCCAGAGGCCUCCACGUCUGACAAGGUGAGGCCAGAUGGUUAA